CCUCCCGCCAGCCGAGGGGCGGCGGCCGCGCAGGCUCCGCGGGGCGGCCGCACAGACGGACCGACAGACGCGCGGGCGCACGGCCAGGCCAUGCCCGGGGAGGCUGCCCGCGCCGAGCUGCUGCUGCCGGAGGCGGGCGGCGCCGGCCCCCGCACAGACUUGUCCUGUGAUGCCGCAGCUGCCACCACCCCCAGUGGGGACCGGCUGGAGCACUGUGCCCUGACUCCUGGGCCCAGCCCCUUGGCCCUCACGUUCCUGCCCAGCAAGCCGGGCGCCCGGCCCCAGCCCGAGGGAGCCAGCUGGGAUGCAGGGCCAGGCCAGGCCCCAUCAGCCUGGGUGGCCGCAGCUGAGGGCAGCCUGGGCCCCGCGCUCCCUGAGGCUCUGUCUGCAGAGGCCCCUCUCCCGGCCACCCUGGAGCCACGGAUUGUGAUGGGCGAGGAGACCUGCGGGGCUCCCCCGUCACCCAGGACAGCCCCACCAGAGCUCAGGGACUGGGAGGGUGGGUGCACAGACCUGGACCCACCCCCCGAGUUGUGUUCUCAGGGUGACCCUCCUGUGCCUUGCCCUCACCCGGACCCUGACUCCUAUUUCACGCCACCGUCCACCCCUCCCAAGGCCACCACCUACGCCCUGCUUCCAGGCGACGGGCCCCCCAGAGAAGCCUGGGAUGCAGAGACCGAGCUGCUGCGAAACUCACCGCCCCCCUCGCCGUCGGGCUCCUACGUCACGGCUGACGGGGACAGCUGGGCCUCCUCGCCGUCCUGCUCCCUGAACAUGCUGGCGGUUGCUGAAGGUUUGGACUUGGCCUUGGGCUGGCGCCCGUGCUCCCCAGGAGGGGGGGUGGAGGAGCAGGAGCCCCGCCCGGCCACGCCCACGAGCCCAACCUCCUCUGUGUCCAGCCUGUCCCCCGACAGCAGCUCCUCCUGGGGCCAGGGGGAGCACUUCUUCGACCUGGACUUCCUGGCAAACGACCCGAUGAUUCCCGCCGCCCUCCUGCCCUUCCAGGGCAGCCUCAUCUUCCAGGUGGACGCCAUGGAGAUCACGCUGCUGCCGCCCGAGGAAGAGGCUGUGGCCUCCUCCCCCGGGGCGGACCUGGCAGGGGAGAGCGAGGACGACAGCACGUCCGCGUCCUUCCUGCAGUCCCUAUCAGACAUGUCCAUCGUCGAGGGUGUGGACGAGGCCUUCGCCUUCCGGGACGACACCUCGGCGGCCUCCUCCGACUCCGACUCCGCUUCCUACGCAGGGGUGGAGGAUGAACGGCUGUACAGUGGAGAGCCCCACGCCCAGCCCAGCACCUUGCCCCAUGAUACCAUCCAUAAGGUGGAGGACAGUCAGUUAGACGGGGCCGAGGGGCUGCAGACACAGGAGACGGCCCCGUCCCUGGGCCAGGGGGUGGCUGCGAUGGUGCCCACCCCUCAAGUCUCAGAGGGGCAAGUCCACCUUAUUGCAAACCAGGAAGCGGCCGUGAAGAUGAUGAUGGCAGAGGCUCCGCUUCCUGAGGAGGGUUUCCUUUCUGGCCAGGCAUCGGCUGCCACGCUGACACCUUACAGCCCAGAGCCUGUUGCCAUGGCAGCCCCAUGGAACGAGGAUGCAGGAUCCACCAGAGGACUGCCCAGUGUUGCCAGGGCAGCACCUCGGCCCCAACAGGAGGCAGCGAACUUCACCUUAGGCCAGGAGACGGUGGCUACAGAAACAGCUCAAGCUGGGCAGGGAGAAGUGAGCCCCACAUUAUGCCCAGAUUCUCUCGAGACAUCAAUAACUCUUCAGAACCCAAAGGAAGACGUAGGCCCAGGUCUCUCCUCGGGCCAGGAGUCUGUUGUGACAGCAGCACCUGUUCCCCAGCAAGGAGAAAUAGACCUCCUUUUACCCCAGGAGUUUGUCUCUUCAGCAAUUCCUCUGACCCCGCAAAAAGAGGCAGGCUUCACCUUGCACCAGGAAUCUGUUUCUAUGGCAGUGCCUCUGCUUCUGCAAGAUGUCAGCCUCCCCUUAGGCCAGGAGGAUGUUGCUAUGGUAACCCCUCUGGCCCUGCAGGAAGAAAGAGGCUGCGUGGGAGGGACGGAGUCCGAGACUUCGGUGGCAGCCCUGGCCCCGCAGGAAGCAGGUGUGACCUUAGGGCUGGGGCCUGCUGCUGAGCUGGUAGCCGUGGCAAGUCCUCCACCUGAGGAAAAACCAGCAGACCUCACUCUGGGCCUGGAAAGGCUACCCUUGGACCAGGUCCAGCAAGAUGAAGUUGAUCUCACCUUGCAGGGGGAGCCAGGUGCAGAAGCGGUGACACCCUCGACUGCUUGGGAAGAGCCAGGUUUCGCUUUUGGCAUGGAGGCCCCAGACCACCCAGAGCCUGGAUCUGGCCAGGGGGAGAAAGGGAUGGCAGAAAGCCUCUCAGCACCCACCUACCUGCAGACAGAUGAUGGAACCGAACCGAACCUGCCUCUGGAGGAGACCCCAGAACCCCCAGAGCCCGGAUCUGGAUGGGGAGAGGAGGAGGGGGUUUCAGAAAGCCUCUCAGCGCCCACCUACCUGCAGACAGAUGAUGAGUCCGAGCCCCACCUGCCCCUGGAGGAACCUUUGGAACCUUCAGAACCAGGAUCUGGAUGGGGAGAGAAGGGGGUAGCAGAGGGUGUCUCAGCACACCCCUGCCUGCAGACAGACGAUGGAACUGAACUUCACCUGCCUCUGGAGGAGACCCCAGAACCUCCAGAGCCUGGAUCUGGAUGGGGAGAGGAGGAGGGGGUUUCAGAAAGCCUCUCAGUGCCCACCUACCUGCAGACAGAUGAUGAGUCCGAGCCCCACCUGCCCCUGGAGGAACCUUUGGAACCUUCAGAACCAGGAUCUGGAUGGGGAGAGGAGGAGGGGGUAGCAGAGGGUGUCUCAGCACACCCCUGCCUGCAGACAGACGAUGGAACUGAACUUCACCUGCCUCUGGAGGAGACCCCAGAACCCUCAGAACCUGGAUCAGGAUGGGGAGAGGAGGAGGGGGUUUCAGAAGGCCUCUCAGCACCCACCUACCUGCAGACAGAUGAUGAGCUUGAGCCCCACUUGCCCCUGGAGGAACCUCUGGAACCUUCAGAACCAGGAUCUGGAUGGGGAGAAGAGGAGGGGAUAGCAGAGGGUGUCUUAGCACACACCUUCCUGCAGACAGAUGAUGGAAGUGAACCUCACCUGCCUCUGGAGGAGACUUCAGAACCUCCAGAGCCUGGAUCUGGAUGGGGAGAGGAGGAGGGGAUAGCAGAGGGUGUCUCAGCACACACCGGCCUGCAGACAGAUGAUGGAACUGAACUUCACCUGCCUCUGGAGGAGACCCCAGAACCCUCAGAACCUGGAUCUGGAUGGGGAGAGGAGAAGGGGGUUUCAGAGAGCCUUUCAGCACCCACCUACCUGCAGACAGAUGAUGAGUCCGAGCCCCACCUGCCCCUGGAGGAAUCUCUGGAACCCUCAGAACCAGGAUCUGGGUGGGGAGAGGAGGAGGGGGUAGCAGAGGGUCUCUCAGCACACACCUGCCUGCAGACAGAUGAUGAGACUGAACCUCACCUGUCCCUAGAGGAGACCCCAGACCCCCCAGAGCCAAGGUCUGUUGAGGGAGAGAAAAGGGUAGCAGAAAGCCUCUCAGCACCCACCUUCCUGCAGACAGACGAUGGAACUGAACUUCCCCUGCCUCUGGAGGAGACUUCAGAACCCCCAGAGCCUGGAUCUGGAUGGGGAGAGAAGGAGGUAGUAGAGAGCCUCUCAGCACCCACCUGCCUGCAGACAGAUGAUGGGACUGAACCUCACCUGUCCCUAGAGGAGACCCCAGACCCCCCAGAGCCGAGGUCUAUUGAGGGAGAGAAAAGGGUAGCAGAAAGCCUCUCAGCACCCACCUGCCUGCAGACAGAUGAUGGGAUUGAGCCCCACCUGCCCCUGGAGGAACCCCCAGAACCUCCAGAACCAGGAUCUAGCCAGGGAGAGGAGGAGGGAGUAGCAGAGGGUCUCUCAGCACCCACCUGCCUGCAGACAGAUGAUGGGAUUGAGCCCCACCUGCCCCUGGAGGAACCCCCAGAACCUCCAGAACCAGGAUCUAGCCAGGGAGAGGAGGAGGGAGUAGCAGAGGGUCUCUCAGCACCCACCUGCCUGCAGACAGAUGAUGGGAUUGAGCCCCACCUGCCCCUGGAGGAACCCCCAGAACCUCCAGAACCAGGAUCUAGCCAGGGAGAGGAGGAGGGAGUAGCAGAGGGUCUCUCAGCACCCACCUGCCUGCAGACAGAUGAUGGGACUGAACCUCACCUGUCCCUGGAGGAGGCUGUACAGCCCCCAGAGUCUGGAUGUAGCCAGGGAGAGGAGGGGCUAGCAGAGAGCCUCUCAGUGCCCACCUGCCUGCAGACAGAUGAUGGAACUGAAUCUCUCCUGCCUCUGGAGGAGAUCCCAGACCCCCCAGAGCCGCGAUCUGUCCAGAGAGAGAAGGGGGUGGCAGAAAGCCUCUCAGCACCCACCUGCCUGCAGAUAGAUGAUAAGUCUGAACCUCAGCUUCCUCUGGAGGAGACCCCAGAUGUCCCAGAACCAAGAUUUCUCCAGGGAGAGAAGGGGGUGACAGAAUGCCUCUCAGCACCCACCUGCUUGCAGACAGAUUAUGGGUCUAAACCUCACCUGCCUCUAGAGGAGACCCCAGAACCUGGAUUUGGAUGGGGAGAGGAAGAGGAGGUAGCAGAGGACAUUUCAUUGCCCACCUGCCUGCAGACAGAUGAUGGGUCCAAGCCUCUCCUGCCUCUGGAGGAGACCCCAGAAUCCCCAGAGACGAGAUUUCUCCAGGGAGAGAAGGGGGUGGCAGAAAGCCUCUCAGUGCCCACCUGCCUGCAGACAGAUGAUGGAACUGAAUCUCUCCUGCCUCUGGAGGAGACCCCAGAGCCCCCAGAGCCGAGAUCUGUCCAGAGAGAGAAGGGGGUGGCAGAAAGCCUCUCAGCACCCACCUGUCUGCAGACAGAUGAUGAGUCUGAACCUCACCUGCCUCUGGAGGAGACACCAGACCCCCCGGAACCUGGAUUUGGAUGGGGAAGGGAAGAGGGGGUAGCAGAGGACAUUUCAGUGCUUACCUGCCUGCAGACAAAUGAUGGGUCAAAGCCCCACCUGCCUCUGGAGGAACCCCUGGAACCCCCAGGGCCUGGAUCUGUCCAGGGAGAGAAGGGGGUGGCAGAAAACCUCUCAGCGCCCACCUGCCUGGAGACAGAUGAUGGGUCUGAGCCCCACCCACCCCUGGAGGAAGCCUCAGCCCUCCCAAGCCUGAGGGGCAAAGACCAGAGGGGUGGAGGCCCCAAGUCGACUGAGCACAGACCUGUUCCCAGGCCCAAAGGUUCGGGGAAGGCUCGUGGGAGCCGCAGCCGGGAGGUGCGUCCUGCUGCCUGCCCUGAGGCCUGCCAGGUGUGGCCCCUGAGUCCACCGGAAGACAGAAGGGAUCCGGGGGCUGAGGUGACCCAGGGGUCUGGGCAUUCUCCCUCUGUGACCUUAGAGCCCAUUUGGGGCACUGGCCCAGAGUCUUCAGCAGGGACCACCUCCAGGCUGGGCUGGGACUGCUCCGAAACAUCUGCCACCACAUCUCCAACACCCUCGGGGGGGCUGGAGCCUGUGCUCAGCACUGGGGACAGGGAGGGGGCAGGCCUCCGAGGACCACACCUUGGUCCGGCCAGUGAAGAAGCACCCAGUGUCCUCAACCGCACCCCCUCCCAGCCUCCAGAGACCCCUGCCCAGGACCUGCCCACCGCGCCCCAGGAUAGGGCCCCGGAUCCUGACCCCUUCACUCCCAGUGUCCCCACUGGGGCUUCUCCUCCCCACUCUGUGCCCUCUGCCCCCUGCCUUUGCCAGGGCCCCAGAGAAGAUGCUGGUGAGGAGCCCCCACGCUCUCCAAGCCCCCAGCAGCUCCGGGCAGAAGCUCAGUGGGCAUUGGCUGCUGUCUCAGGAAACCUGGUGCCUCCUGGGGCUGGGCAGCAGGCUAGCCUCUCACUCCAAUCUCCCCUCCUCAGCCCCCAGGCAGCCCCCAUGGGGGGUGCCCAUGCCAAAGACCCGGCCUCUUAUCUCUCCCCCCACUGCCAAGUGCCUCCUGGCUCUGGACCCCGAACCCUGGCCAGCCCUCCGGGGCUCCCAGCCGCCGAGCAGCAAGAGGACCAGGAUCGCCUGGAGGAGGAAGACCUGCUGCCCGCCCGGGGCUCCGGCCAGCACUCAGACAGCCUCGCAGAGUCUUCGGCUCCCGAGCCGGAGGAGCAGGACCUGUCAGCACCUCGGACAGCGCCCUGCCCGCCCCAGGCCCCAACUGCAGGCAGCAAUGAAGAGGCCAUCGCCAAAGCCAAGCAGAGUCGCAGCGAGAAGAAGGCCCGAAAGGCUAUGUCUAAGCUGGGCUUGCGGCAGAUUCAGGGGGUCACCAGGAUCACCAUCCAGAAGUCCAAGAACAUCCUCUUUGUCAUCACCAAGCCCGACGUCUUCAAGAGCCCUGCCUCAGACACCUAUGUCGUCUUUGGGGAGGCCAAGAUCGAGGACCUUUCCCAGCAAGUGCACAAAGCAGCAGCUGAGAAGUUCAAGGUGCCUGCAGAGCCCUUGGCCCUGGCCCCUGAGUCGGCACCUGGGCCGCAGGUGAAGCAGGAGUGCAAGGAGGAGGAGGAGGAAGAGGAGGUGGAUGAGUCGGGGCUGGAGCUGCGAGACAUCGAGCUGGUGAUGGCCCAGGCCAAUGUGUCGAGGGCCAAGGCCGUGCGGGCCCUGAGGGACAACCACAGUGACAUCGUCAACGCCAUCAUGGAGCUGACGAUGUAGCACUGUGCGACCGCCCUCCCAUCCCUUUCCCCUCCCCUCGCUGCUCAAUAAAUUUGGAUUCCCUCA